UAAAGUCAGCUUCAAUGAAGUAAGGAAUGCCUUGGAAGGGCUUUGGCUCAAAUUCGAUCAACUUUUGCGUUGCAUGCACGCUAGCCUAUCUAGCUACUUAGUUAAUCAAUCAGAAAGAAAAAAAAAACAUUGAUCUUCGUCUUGUAAAAGUCUUGGAUAUUGAUCUAUGAAACAUUCUAUUUUGAAGCCAAAGAAGCCAAAGAUUAUCCUAAUGUAUAGUGACACCAAAAUAAAAACAAUGAACAUUAUACAGUAUAUGUUUAAAGCAACUGUUGGAAAAUACCCUACAAAACAAAUUAAAAAAAAAAAGAUUGUGGCCAAAUGUGCGAGAGAAGAUAGUAAAAUACAAUGAUAUGUUCUAAAAGUUAUACAAGACUCGUACUUUAUCUAAAUGCAUACUCUUGAAACAUAUCAUUAUAUUGAUUGAAACAAAGUUAGUCUAAUUAUACAUUUGAUUACUCUUUACUUUAAAGUUUAAAGUGCAACUCUUUUUGUUAACUCUCAUGCAUCUGUAUGAAAUUGAAUUCCUAAUCAGUAAUCACUACUCACUAAUCCGUGAGUAGGCAGCCAAUUCAUCAAGCUUUGGCGCUUUAAGCUCUACCACUAACCACUUUGUCGAGCAGCCUCAUUCCAUCUCUCAUGGAUUUGUCCCUUUUGGCAAUUUAAUUUAGCCUGCACAAAGCAACCUUUGGACACAUUGAAGGGACACACCUGAGGAAAAGAAUGAUCCAUUUGGUGAACCAAAACAAAAUGACCUGAGGACAGAUGAACAAUUCUAGUAAUCCAACGUUAAUUCAUUUUUCAGUCAUUACCAUUUUCAAAGACUUGAAAUUUAUUCACCCAAAAAAGAAGAAGAAAAAGACUCGUACUUUAACCCAACAAAGGCAAGAAACAUGCAACUCAUCGAAAAACAAAAGCGGCAAGAAACAUGCACGUUUAUAUAAUGGUCAGAAAUUAUUGAGAGGUCUCAAUGAUUGAUAGGUGCCAAUAAACCCGUGAAGUCCAACUCUAUCUUCAUCAACCUGGGUGGGUUGGACUUGAGGUUAUGUAUAUCACCUGGUUCUGGGUAGGACCUGAAACCAAUAAUUUUUGUAAUAUAGAAAAGCAGAACCCACCAGGAGAAGAGACACAAAGGACAAACAGUUGUCAGAAUAUUAACGUUUGCAUUUAAAAAAAUGGUACCGAUCGUAUACCCCUCUUCUGCUAAAUCUCUACACAAUUACACAUACAACAAGAAGACCAACAGAGCAUUACUUCCAAUCCAAUCGGAGUCUACCAAAACCCAACCAAAUGACCUCAAUUGGGUUCUCUCUCAACUCCCUGAUCCUUUGUUCUACUGUCAGUUCAACUCAGAGCUCAAAAAGACUGAGACCCAGUUCAAGAAUGGCUCUGGCCACCCCCACCACAUUUGGGUUCAGUAAUUUACUCGAGACUUUCACAGUCAACGUUCAGAGAGCAGAGAACAGGCCUCUGAAUGUGCCUCUGAUUGCUCCUUUUACGAUUGCGACUUCGAGGCUUGAACGUGUUGAGAAUGUUGCGAUCAGAGUUGAGUUGAGAAAUGGGUGUGUGGGGUGGGGUGAAGCUCCAAUCUUGCCUCAUGUGACUGCAGAGGAUCAGCACACCGCUAUGGUCAAGGCCAAGGAGGCUUGUGAGUUCCUGCUCAGGAAUAAUGGGAUGACUUUGAGUUCGGUUUUGGGAGAGAUUGGUGUGCUUCUCCCUGGAUAUGAGUUUGCUUCUGUUAGGGCAGGAGUCGAGAUGGCUGUAAUUGACGCAGUUGCUACAAGUAUUGGUGUCCCGUUGUGGAGACUGUUUGGUGGAGCUUCAAAUACCAUAACCACUGAUAUAACGAUUCCGAUAGUUCCUGCAGCUGAAGCUGCCAAACUGGCUUCAAAGUAUUGCAAAGAAGGAUUUAAAACUUUAAAGCUUAAGGUGGGAAAUAAUCUAAAUUCAGACAUAGAAGUCCUUCAAGCUAUAAGAGCAGUCCACCCUGAUUGCUCUUUUAUCUUGGAUGCUAACGAAGGAUAUAGCUCCAAUGAAGCUAUCCAAGUUCUUGAGAAAUUAUAUGAGGUGGGAGUGAGUCCAGUUCUCUUUGAACAACCAGUUCAUAGAGAUGAUUGGGAAGGCCUUGGAUAUGUUACUCGUAUUGCUAGAGAAAGAUAUGGAGUAUCAGUUGCAGCUGAUGAGAGCUGUCGAAGUAUAGUAGAUGUUAAGAAAAUAGCAGAAGAAAAUCUUGCUAAUGUCAUUAACAUUAAACUUACUAAAGUUGGGGUUGUUGGGGCCCUUGAAAUCAUUGAGGUUGCAAGAGCAUCGGGAUUGGAUUUGAUGAUUGGUGGUAUGGUUGAGACUAGACUUGCCAUGGGCUUUUCUGGCCACCUUGCUGCUGGCCUUGGGUGUUUUAAGUUUAUUGAUCUAGAUACACCCCUAUUGCUGUCAGAAGAUCCAGUUCUGGAGGGUUAUGAAGUUUCUGGUGCUGUUUAUAAGUUCAACAACGCUAGAGGCCAUGGUGGAUUUCUCCACUGGGACAACCUUGCUUGAGGUAUCUGCAGAUACGAAGAUUCUGAUUGUUUGGAGAACAGUUUCAACUCUCCACUGCAUAUAAGAAUGCAUUGUGAUACUUAUGACAUGGACGCUAGAGCAGCAGAGCUUUUCAAAUCCUAUUGUUUGGUGGCGGCUAUGUUUCAUGUUCAAUAAGACGGCAAGAGCUCCAAUUUAAGAGACAGUAGAAGGACGUCUGCUGAGAUUAAUGUAUUUUGAGGUCAAACAUUUAGAUUCGUAGAUAAUAUUAUAUGGCAUUCAGAAUUGCAGCACAUUUCCACACAUUGCAAGAACUGCUUGGCUCAUCAGCCUAGUAAUUUAUGUUAGGCAAACCCUGGCUUGUAUUCAUUCCAAUGCAAAAGAGAUGCAGAUACAUUUGAUUUGGGAAUCUCGAGAUCGAGGAGAAUGAACUCGAUGGUUGCUUGAUUGAUUAUUGAUAGUUGGAAAGUAUUUCUUCAAGAA